CGUAAUGGCUUCCAAAUCGAAAUACGCACCAGUUUCAUCCUUGGGGAUAAAAUCGACCCCUACGAGAGGAUCCUCUUUAACCACGGACUUGUGGCUGGAGGAGAAACGAGAACUGGACGGGGCCGAAGGGCUGUGGAGGAUCCACGACGAUCUCUACGAUUUAACCGGUUUCGUAGAGCGCCAUCCAGGUGGAUCCGAAUGGUUGGAAUUAACAAAGGGAACGGAUAUAACGGAGGCGUUCGAAGUGCACCAUUUAUCGACGUUGCCGGUGGAGAUGUUGGGGAAAUUCCGCGCGGGUAAAGCGAAAAUCCCCAGAAAUUCGCCGUUUACAUUCCACGAGAACGGUUUCUAUAGAACGCUGAAACGGGAAAUAAUACCGUUGUUGGGGGAAUUACCGGAGCAAUCGGUGAACAACACGAAUUUCAUGUGCGACGCGAUGGUGGCAGCGUUGCUGGUUCUGGCGAUUUUGGCGACGGUUUAUUGGAACUUUUAUUUGGCCAUUCUGGCCGGUUUGGUAUUGGGAAUGUUGACGAUAGCAGCGCACAAUUAUGUACACAUGAAGGAUAAUUUCAGGAUGUACUAUUUCCAGUUUUCCAUGCUUCAAAUAAGAGAUUGGAGAAUAAGCCACGCUCUGAGCCACCACCUCUUGACCAACACAAUAGCCGAUUUGGAAAUAACAAUGGUGGAGCCCCUUUUGCUCUAUUUACCCGGCGCUAAAACUCUAAAAGAGCGCGCGAUUUCGGUGCUAGUAUCGCCCGUUUUAUGGCUAUUUUUCUUCCACAUACCGCUCAUAAGAAGACUAACCACGGCUUAUAAACACGAUUACAAAAAUAUCAAACUCACCGAUACCACCGGAUUGAUUCUGCCAUUGUUGAUGUAUUGUUUGGGAGGACAAUCUGUAUUCGGAGCGUUUCUAAUGUGGAAUGUUAUAUUAAUGACGGGAGCUUUUUACAUGGGUUUCACCGGAAUGAACGGGGCCCAUCAUCAUCCGGAUAUCUUCCACGACGGGGACACUCCGAGGGCGAAGGAAAACUACGAUUGGGGCCUCGCCCAGCUGGACUCGAUCAUGGAGCACAAAGAGGUGACCGGCCACCAUUUCCUGGUGCUGGUGAACUUCGGCGAGCACUGUCUGCACCAUCUGUUCCCCACUGUGGACCACGGCGUGCUGGAGCACCUCUAUCCGGCGUUCGAGCGGGUGCUCCGAAGGUUCGACGAGAACCUGAGGUUCGUGACGAAGUGGGAGACGUUGAGCGGCAAUUUCAGGCAAUUGGUGAGAACGGAGCCCAAUCCGAAGGCGCCCGAAUUGGGCAAAUACGACGGGAGGAAUGAUUUCAUUCGGGGAUCGGGAUGCUUGCGGAGGAAUUCGUCUGGAUCUGGACGAGCGAGUGCUAGUUAAAGUUCGUACGUUUUAAAAUGACAAUGGCCUUUAUUCAGCGACUCUGUUUCACUUUAGAGCGACUCUAAAGUCGCGUCUCGAGUCCCUAGUUACUCCAUAACAACAAUGUA